AUGUACCUCUCCUUUCUCCAGAGGAAGCCAAAGAUCUCAGCUUCUCGGAAGCUGAUGCUCAAGAGUUUGCUGGUGGCAAAAGCAAAGGAGGAACUUGAGCAGGAGAUCCUGGAUAAGGAGGAAGAGAAGCAGAGCUAUUUGGCUGAGAGGGUUCCCCCUCUUAAAACCAGCGGCUUAUCGUUUGCUGACCUGCAGAAACUCUGUGAGGAACUCCAUUCAAAGGUUCUUGUCGUGGAUGAAGAACGUUAUGACAUUGAGGCUAAAGUCAACCUCCAUACUCGUGAGAUUAAGGAUCUGAGCAUCAAGGUGCUGGACCUGAGGGGGAAGUUCAAGCGGCCCCCACUCAGAAGGGUGAGGGUGUCUGCAGACGCCAUUCUGCGCUCCCUGCUCGGAUCUAAACACAAAGUGUCCAUGGAUCUCCGCGCCAACUUGAAGUCCGUUAAGAAGGAGGACACAAAGGAGAAAAGGCCAGCGGAGGAUAGUGACUGGAGGAAGAACGUGGAGGCCAUGUCCGGCAUGGAGGGCAGGAAGAAGAUGUUUGAUGCGGCCAAGACUCCAACUCAGUGAGGCUGCUGCACCUGAAGUCACUGGAUUUCUGUUGGUGCCAGAGGAACUGAUAAGCGUCCGUCCAACUUCUUCUCUGGAACUCACAGUGGACCUAUGUGUUAUCUGCCACAGCAAUCAAGCUACUUCAGAGUGCCCUGUGUCUGUGAAUAUGAUCCAAACUAUGAUAUAAUUACACCCAUAUAAACAACA